UUUCAAUAGUCCUCACUGUUCUAUGGUCACAUAAAGUCUGUCAGCAUGGGCGGCGAAGGGGAAGACUCGUUAAAUUUUUUUGAAAUUGACAAGGGGAAGGACAUGUUGGACCAGCCACGGCGUAAGUCUUCACCUCCUGGUGGCACAGGAGAUACUGAUGAAGAGGACAUCAGCGAUGCGGAACUUGUAGCUGAGGGCUCGACAGGCGAAUUUUUGAGAAAUUCGAUGAAGGAUGUUGACUUACGCCUUGGAUUUUGAACGGUCCUCGUAGAGUUUGUUUCUGUAGUUGUUCGCGGCGGGUACUAUUUAUAAUUAUAGAAGAAAUGUUGUUGUUCUUAGGUUGCAGAGAGAAGAAAGUGGCAGCAUUCAUCGAUUUUGCUACGGUGGCCAUUACGAAUGAAUGAAGGGUCGUGCUGCCAGAUAGCACAGCUUUGCAUCUAAUACUAUCGAUGAACCACUGGGAGUUUUACGCAAGCCGCAAGAAAAUUCCCUUCGUAACACUUGCGGACUACGGGCCGAAAAAUGCUUUCUUUAUGGAAGGAAAUGGUGAAAUUAUAGUGAAUUGAGAGACUAAGCAAAAAAAUCAGAGAUCCUUGAAUAUUGAACUUGUCACAGAACAGUGUCUGCCUUCAUACUCUUGCACUAUCUGUGGAGUGGUAUGGUGGUUCUUGGCUUACGUUUUGUCCUCCCUCGGCUUGACCGCAGGUUUGAUUGCAGCUACGUUUGGGAUUACUGGUGGCGCUUUUUAGCUUGGUUCACGGUAAUGGGCAUCGGACUGUCUCCGUACCUGGAUGUUAAGGCUACAACAGUGUUUUUUAACUUCUAAGUUGCUGAAGAAUUGUUCGAGAAGAGGGAAAAAACCAUAAUUCGUCAGCCUCUAAUCUCAGCACAAUGAAAGCCUCGACCUGCAUCACCAUGAUGGCAGUCACAUGGUUUAUCUACUACAUUCUGUUUUUUGGAUUGCUUUCGAUGAGACAGUCGAUCAACACUCGCUUCAGCGAUCGCGCCACUAUGCUGAAAUGCUGGGAGCAUGCACUGUGGACCUUUAAGGCUACCCACUUUCAUUUCUUCUAAUCAGGAUGCUUAACAAACAAGCGUGUAAGAACAUGAGAAUCACGGAGUUGUGCGUUUUUUCAAGUAAGAAGGACCACACGUCGAGGGACACCACAAAAGGGAUGCUUCUUGAGGAGAAGAUAGUAGGACAACAAGAUACAUAUUUAUCCAUUCUAUAGAUACCCUCUUCUAACAAAGCGUGGUUUGGCAUGGUGAUGUGCUAUGUCGUACUAAACAAAGCCAAUUUCGGAGAGGUGGAAGCGUAUAUUUGGGGGUACUAUAGGAUUCACGUUUUUUUAAUUUCGGAGAGGUGGAAGCGUAUAUUUGGGGGUACUAUAGGAUUCACGUUUUUUUAAUUUCGGAGAGGUGGAAGCGUAUAUUUGGGGGCACUAAAAAAAGAUUCACAUUUUUUUAUGAUAUGUAGUUUUUUUUACAACAUGCCUUUGUUCCACUCGACGUCUUAUUUCUUCCACUUCUUCGUUCGGCAGGUUGUAUUCGUUCUUGUGUUGAGCAAGAUAAUAGACAUUUUCUCUUGCAUCAACACAAUCACAGCCGCGGCGAUAAAGCAAAAGGAAAAGACGCAGUAGCACAGCUAGCGGCCUUCUGCUCACACCCAGCCGCAGUAGUCGCCGCUCUUCUGCUGCUCGGCAUUUUACGGCUGAAUAGAUCAUGAUGCUCGGGAUUUUUUUUCCGUGUGCUAAGACGUUUCUUUUUGGUAGUUCUAACAAAGUGUAAGUACAAAGUUCUUGUACUGUAGCUUCGUCGGUCAGCGAGAGGGUAGGAAAGAUCCACGGGGACAUCGGUCAUGUAUAACGGCGACGACUUUACUCGGGUCACAUGCCUCGGUGUUCGUGGUCGACUUUAUUCAGGUCGCCUAUUCAUCCUCGGAGUCAAGCCAGGUGCCGGGGGGCGUUGAUGUGCAGGAUUCACAACCUAACCUAACCUACUGUAGCUGUGAUUCUCGCGAGGGGGUCGGUUCGCUUUCGCUAUGCCUCUAGAAGAUGCACUUCUCCCACCUGGAGCUUCCAGCCUACAGCUCUAACUUUCGGCAGCAUCGGGAAGACGUGGGCGGCGUACCUUUCUGGGGUGAAUAAUUACCACCUCUACGAUAUGAUUCUGGAUCGACCGAAUGAGCGCUUUGUGGAUAGCAGUUUAUACGCCUUUGUCGGAUCACCUACCUACGUUUUAGGCUACCUGGAUGGCUACGGACUUGCGCUUCUUGCGGGUUGGCGACAAAUUUAUGAGGGAACAAUUUGUAGUUUGUCUGUGUCAUUGUUCGAAAAUUCAAAAUAAGCGAGUUACUGACUGAAAUAAGAGAGUCUCGACUAGUGCAUUCCUCUUCUUUCAGUAUCUCCCUUAAAUUUUCACUAGUUACUGGCUUAUUUCAGUUUAUCGAAUACUAUUCUUCAAAUCCACAUGUCAGCUUCUUUGUGUAAUGGAGAGGAACAGUAACGUGUUGAUGGUUGCCACCUUGAAGAACUCCCUUAAGUCCCCACGACUUCUCCCCUUUCACGAAACGGGUUCUCCGACGUUGAUCUUCGUGUACACGUUGGCUUGCCACAUUGCCAUCAAUGUGAUGAACGUGCUGGUGGAGCAACCGUUUGUAAAGAAGAUGUAUCUGACGCCUUUAGUAACCGCAAAGGCUGCCAAAGAACAAGUCUAGUACACGCGAAGAAGAGCAAGUUUAGUAGACUCGGAAGCUGCAAAAGCACAAGUGUAGUACACGAAAGAGCUGCAGCAAAAGAACAAGUGUAGUACACGCGAAGACAAGUAAGAAACAAGUUUAGCAGACUUACAUCAUUCACGUACAUCAAAAUUAAUCGCCACUAGCUACUGUUAUUCAUUCACUCAUAUCAAUAUCUUCAUUCACAUCACUAGCUACUUCUAGUUUGUCAUGACCAAGGUUUGUCAAGACCCACAAAAGCAGGAAGGCUAUCUAAAUCUAAAGGAGCUAGCUGCAUGAUUUAAGAGGGCUUCUGUAAGGAGAAGUAUAUGGAGGUCUACUCAUCGGUAGAUGAGACGUAUUCAAGCAGAUAGAUAGUUAGGUCUAUUCAAGUAGUAGAACAUCCUAGAUAUUACAGUUUGUGAUACCAGAUUUGCGUCGGUCAUGAGGUAGUAAGACCAUGAUAGUCCACGUAAAUACGUGCCCACUAGUGUAUACUGAAGUUGCUUUGGAGGCUUAGGGAUGCUACUCGUCAGUAAGUGACGUAAUUACAAUAGAAUAGGCCCUUAUUCCACAUAGAAUAAGGCAUUAUCCUCCAUGUAAAAAACUAGAUCUACUUCUGCUGUAACUGGCUUCGAUGGAAUAUAUGGAAUAGAAUAAGGGAAUACUUUCCAUAAAAGAUAAAUCAAGUGAAAUUUAUGCUAUGAAAAGCAGUGCAAGAGGAUCAACGUUAGCUGAGUGGCUUCAUAGGCUUGCAUGCAAU